UCCGCUCGAUGGAAGGGCUGUUCAGCGCAUUCAAUCGAUCGUAGUGCAUAGGUGUUCUGUGAUUCAAGCGCCGUGUAUUUGUUUUCACCUUGUAUUUGCUCAGCUACAGCGUCACGAACAUGAAGAUAUUAGCACCGCUGAACUCGAUCGAGGCUCUUUCUUCGGCAUCCGCGCGUGCUUCAAAUUACGCGGUUCACUUUCAACUCAACUUAGAAGUAUAAAAGCGGUCUUAUUUGUACAAUGAGUGCCGACAUCAAGCCAGAGCUUGGAAGCCUCCGUGUUGACACCCCUCCGACAAUGCCCGCAGGCACCAUUCGUCACGCGCGUGGGCUCAUUCUCAACCGGAAUUAUGAAACCUAAGGCAAGCAUAUUAAGAUGGAACCAAGCAGCCCGCCAACCAUAGUACAUUCUAGUUUUUCGGGUGUUGACAUCAAGGUCGAGCAAAGCAGUCCACCACCUCGAGCCACUGAUUCCCUAACCGUCUAUAUAAAAGGGCCGUUCGAGCUUCCGGUCCUGCUGCCAAAGAUUGUCUCGGUGACUUCAUUGAGCAGCAGCUCUGACACUUCAAGUGGAAAGGACUCCUUGGUUAGCAACAACGGGGUCUCUGUAGGUCCCACGGGAUCUUCACAGAAGGAAUCUGGCAGCAACGAAAGCACCCACUCUGUGUGCGAAGUGUGUUGGUGUUAUUUUUUAAAUGAAGAUAAAGCGCGACGACAUCGGCUCAGGCACGAGGGGAAGAAGUCGUACUUCUGUUUUGUCUGCGGCCGUGGGUUUCACUACUUGAACAGAAUGCGACAGCACGAGCAAACCCACGGGUGCGUGAAGGCGCACACAUGCCUCGUGUGCGACCAAAAGUUUGUCGAGGAGUGCGAAUUGGUUGAGCAUCAGAUCAUGCACAUGAGUGCAGAAAUGUACACGUGCCGGAUGUGUGAGUCCAAAUUCUGCACAAGGGAGGCCUUGGACAGGCACGAACAGAUGCACGCGAGCGGGGCGGACAUGUGCGUCUGUGGGGAGUGCGGCAUGACCUUCGAGCAGAUGGCGGCGCUCGAGAGGCACCUGAAGCUGCACGUGACAGAGAUGCCCCACCGGUGCCACCUGUGUCCGGCCAGGUUUUCAGCGCAGCGCAGCCUGGAGAAACACGUGGUAAUGCAUGUGGCCACAAAGCGGGAAAAGUGUCCAGUGUGCCGGAAAACGUAUUGCGGAUAUAAAAACCUAAUGAGCCACAUUAGGGUCAAGCACUGCAGAGUCCACACUACCAUGGCAAACGGCAACAACAGCAGCAAGGUUUUGUGCGAUCCGCCGACCACAUCACCUCCUGAAAACGCCAGUGUGAGUGAAAAGGGGCCAGCAGGAGCAGCAUGUGGGGAAAGCACCUCUGCGAUGCAUCUCCACAAGUAGCCCCUGAAACAUCAGUAGGCAUUGUGGGUAGCAAACCAAGGAUAAACUCGCUUGUCCAUUAAAACUCGGUCGAAUGGAAGCCUGCACAUGCUUCAUGUAAUGCUUCCUGUAAGACGAGUCAUUGUUCAUUCCAGCGCAUUUCCUUGUCUUUUAAACACUGCAUCUCCAUAUAUAAUGUUGCAUCGUUUACUACUCAUGCUCAUUGUUUUACUAUGGAAACUGAACCGAUCAAGGGAAUGCAGGAAUUGUGUCCCAAAUUAUCAGUAGUUAAGCGAAAAUUCCUAGGUUGAUUCACUGUUUUCUAUUUAUGUACAUGUGUGUGCACUUCAUUAAGGUGUAAAAUAUUCAUGGCCAUAAUCAAAUGUAAUAAAAGUAUAUAUAGAACACACUUUGUUUUCACUUCACGGCAUCGGCAGCAGCGUUUUGUUCUGGCAUCUUUGAAAUUCUGUAACUAUCUGAAUGGCAUUUCAAAAGCCUAUGCACAAUCCAAGGUGUUUAAAGCAGUGUUGAGUGUUGUUGGUUCCGGCAGCACAGAAAUUGACACUCGCACUACCUGCAUAUAUGUCCCGAUACGCUUCUUUGCCACUUUCACGUAGUCUUGCAUACUUCUAAGUGUGUCUCAGACAGGGGUGAUCCUUGAGACAGCUGUAAUCACUAUUUUGUAAUCGUGUGGGCCUAUUGAAGUGUUAGUGUUUGAUUGUCAGCUCGACACUGUGGCAGAAAAAUGUUGUAUUGUUGUGAUGCAAAGCAUGGCAGCUGGAAGUGCAAGUAAUGGCGAAUUACAUUGAGAGAAGAGGGGUAGAGGGGCAGGGCACUGAGGAGUGGGGCGCAGAGCACUGAGAGAAGAGUCACUGGAUCUGCCACUGGAAUGUGGCAUGCUCCCGGAGAGCAGUUGAGAGGGUUCGAGUGGGGAGACCUAGUGAUUGAAACAUUCGAAGCCCCCAGCAUUCUCUGUGGGGCAGCAGCAAAAUACAUACGAAGUCAGUCACAUGUUCAUUAUUCUUAUACAUAGUAUGUUUGUGCAAAGGUGCAUUAGGCAAGCAUCCAGCUGUCGUCGUCAUUAAUACAAAAUAGUGGUGUCAAACCACACGUGCUUGCUACCACUGCCGCUGCGCUUGCCACCUGAAAAUAAAUUCGAAAACUGUGACGUUCAAAGGUCACAUGACUAUCGUUGAGUGUGCCUACUCCGCUUUUCCGACCAGAGCACUACAAACGGCUCCUGACUGCUCUAAGCGCAGUGGAAGGGCUCUUGCUCUACCAAUAGAUAACAAUGCUCUGACCUAUGUUCGACCACUGAAACAUACCAGCUCUGAAAAGAGCACGUUCAGGAUGCUUUGAUUUCUCCUGCUCUCACAAUGGAAUUCGCCAUUAGAGGUAACUUUAUAGUGGGUAAGUUAAAAUUCAUCAUUCGUAAAAGGCAGCGUGUAUAGGCACAGACGAAACAAAAGAGAAAAACAGGACUAGGUUUCCUCAUGUUUCGUCCACUGUCCCUGUGUGUGCUGCACUUUAUGAAUGAUGAUUGUGUACCAACGGAGCAGUCAUCAGAAUCGAACCUAGUGUGGCACACCCAGUUUUUUUUUUUAAUGCAUCAUUGUAAAGGGCUCAUGAAUUGAAACGUAUAUUUAAUGCUAUGUUAUACCCCUACUUUCUUAUGGGUCAUGUCUAGUCUGUGUCAUGUUGUUGUAAUGCUCGCUUGUACUCUUGUGCCACAGUGAAGAUUACCUUUAGUGGUUCAUUUUGUAGUGACAAGAGACAGCUUUUUUUGACCAGCUCAAUACGUUGACUUCGCAGUUUGAUUUUCGGAUUGAUAUCAGAUCAGACUUUUAGCACAUACCACUUGUAGCUUGUACACUUGAACGCAAUGUCAUUAAGGACACUGUGCACUCACAAGCAUAGGUGUUCAGGAUAUUAUCUGUAAGUGAUGAACAUAUCUUCCUCAUAAUGUUCUUACUUUCCAGGUGACACUUUCUGUUACGCAUCAAACGUGCACCUUUGAACAAAAUUAUUUGAGCUGUAUACACAUUAUUCACUCAUGCAUACACCCAGGCACCAAACACUUACAACGCUCACUUGCAACUGUUUAUUCAUUGUACUAAUGCGUGAAUAUAUCUAAGUCUUUCGGCAUAUGGUGUUCACUUUUGUGGAACAGUGGUCGCAGUGCUCAGCUGCUGACCCGAAGGUCGCUGGUUCGAUCCUAGCCGCGCCGAAUGCCAGCUAUACCCCCGACCCCACUGAUCGCCGGACAACUUUCACCAAAUAUUAUGGCGGCGCCUCCAGACCUGCACACCUCCCUCCCCCUAUUUUCCUUCCCCCGUCUACCUGGGAGCAUACAUCCCAUCCUGUGCCCAAUGCGCCCACCACCACGCUACCCUUACUCAUAUCUUCUCGGAAUGCCCGGCAAACCCUCCCCUGUGGGGCUCAGAGCCACUGAAAACAUGGAAGGAAUGAGAGACCUUGCUGCGCUAGACAGACCCUGCCAAGCAGAAGAUCGCCAUUGGCUGUGCAGCCCACGUCGUGGAACUACUCGUGAAUGCUUACUGCAGUGGGGUCGUGCGGGACCCUGGAACGUACGUGCCCAAAUCCCUUGGUUAAAUAAAGUUUCACAUCCUCCUCC